AUGGCCAACAUCACAUUGAAGUCAUUCUGUCCGCUCUUAGAGGAGAUGAUCCAGCUUCCAAGUCACAGCAACUCUAGCAUCCGCUAUAUUGACCAUGUGUCAGUGCUGCUGCAUGGGCUGGCUGCGCUCCUGGGUCUGGUGGAGAACGGACUCAUCCUGUUUGUGGUGGGCUGUCGCAUGCGUCAGACGGUGGUCACCACCUGGGUGCUGCACCUGGCGCUGUCUGACUUGCUAGCCUCCGCCUCCCUGCCCUUCUUCACCUACUUCCUGGCGGUGGGCCACUCGUGGGAGCUGGGUACCACCUUCUGCAAGUUUCACUCCUCGAUCUUCUUUCUCAACAUGUUUGCCAGCGGCUUCCUGCUCAGCGCCAUCAGCCUGGACCGCUGCCUGCAGGUGGUGCGGCCGGUGUGGGCACAGAAUCACCGCACGGUGGCGGUUGCGCACAGAGUCUGCCUGAUGCUCUGGGCUCUGGCGGUGCUCAACACAGUACCCUAUUUCGUGUUCCGGGACACCAUCCCGAGGCUGGACGGCCGCAUCAUGUGCUAUUACAACAUGCUGCUCUUGAACCCAGGGCCCGAUCGCGACGCCACGUGUGACUACCGCCAGAAGGCCCUGGCGGUGAGCAAGUUCUUGCUGGCCUUCGUGGUGCCUCUGGCCAUUAUCGCCAUGAGCCACGUGGCCGUGAGCCUACAACUGCGCCACCGCGGCCGCCAGAGGACAGGCCGCUUCGUGCGCCUGGUGGCAGCCAUCGUGGUGGCCUUCGUGCUCUGCUGGGGGCCCUACCAUGUCUUCAGUUUGUUGGAGGCGCGUGCCCAUGCUGUCCCCACGUUAAGGCAGCUCGUCUCACGCGGGCUGCCCUUCGUCACCAGCCUGGCUUUCUUCAACAGCGUUGUCAAUCCGCUGCUUUACGUGCUCACCUGUCCGGACAUGCUGCACAAACUGAAGCGUUCGCUGCGUUCAGUGUUUGAAAGCGUGCUGGUGGAGGACAGCGACUUGAGCGGUGGGCCUGGCAGCCGCCGCCGCCGCGCCUCUUCCACUACCACAGCCUCCACGGUCCUGCUGGCUGGCCGCCUUCCCCGACUGCAUCCUGCCCGGCUGAUUAGCUGGAUGCGGGGUAAUGGUGCAGAGCCCCAGCAGAACGUUCCAGCGCAGGCCCAGAAACAAGGCUCACUGAACCUCGCCCUGAGCUCCACCUCCGAUUAG